AUGAUUGAGCUGGGCCUCGCUGAUGGCAGCCUGAUCGAUGAGCUGAUGGAGCUUACGGCUCAGAGCCUCAGUCACCUGGAGAUCCAGGAGCACUUCAACAUCAUCAAGGAGAUCGGCAGAGGGAAAUACGGCAAAGUGCUGCUGGUGACACAUCGCUUCAGGGGGACUCCCAUGGCCUUGAAAGUGAUGCCCAAAGCCUCAACUAAGCUGCAGGGCUUUCUGCGAGAGUACUGCAUCUCCUUACACCUGUCCUGCCACCCCUGCAUCGUGGGCCUCUUUGGCAUUGCCUUCCAGUCUAAUGAGCACUACUGCUUUGCCCAGGAGCUCGUCAUUGGGAGGGACCUGUUUGCUGUCAUCCAGCCAAAGGUGGGUAUUCCAGAAUCUUCAGUAAAACGUUGUGUCCUCCAGAUCGCAAGUGCUUUGGAGUUCAUCCACAGCCAUGGCCUGGUCCACCGUGAUGUCAAGCCUGAAAACAUUCUCCUGUUGGACAAUCAUUGCUGCCAGGUCAAGCUGGCAGACUUUGGCCUGGCCCAGAAGAGAGGCACCCUGAUACGAUUCAUCACAGGUACCCUGCCCUACAUGGCCCCGGAGCUUUGUAGCGUGGCCCUGCUGGAGGGCCAGAAAGAAGUAACAGCCCCUCCACUUAGUGUGGAGCCAAGCCUGGACACCUGGGCCUUCGGAGUGGUUAUCUUCUGCAUCCUUACGGGCUACUUCCCCUGGGAGCGCUGCAUGGACUCAGACGACUUCUAUCAGGAGUUUGCUGACUGGUGCAGAAUGGAGGAGAGACCUAACACAGAGGAGGACGUUCCUCCUCUGUGGAAAAGGUUCACUCCAGAAGCCAUGGAGAUGUUUGGUAAGCUCCUGGCUUUGGAAGCAGGGAAGAGGUGUACAGUAGGGGAGGUGAGAGCAUAUGCGGAGAAGGACUGGGUUAAGAAGGACCAUGGGAAUGAGCAGCAGCAGACAGCGGAAAAAGAAAAAGCCAGCAUCAUCUAG